CUUUGUCUAAUUGCAUGUAUUUGUGCAUGUUUGUAUCUGCAGUAUCAAAAUGUGCCGGUGGUGAGACUUCAUCCGAGCACGGGGAACCUGGUUCCUGUUGGUAUGAUGAAUGGAGAGGUGGUGUACAUGUUUGCCACAGAUGGAUGUGCUCCUGCUUUUGCGGCCCCUCCACAUCAAAAAAGAGGAGGUGUGAGAGCCAGGAGAAAGACAAUCAGCCCUACAUCAAGAAGCCGCCCAAUGCCUUCAUGUUGUUCCGGGAGGAACAGCGACCAAACGUUGUGGCCGAACUGAACAUCAGGGACAGUGCCACAGUAAACACUGUCCUUGGACAGAGGUGGAACUCUUUGUCGAAGGAGGAGCAGGCCAAAUAUUAUGUAGAGGCUGAAAAGGAGAGGAGGCUCCAUGCUCAGCAAUUCCCUGAGUGGUCCUCCAGGGACAAUUAUGGCAAAAAGAGGAAGAGGCAGAGGAGCAGGGCACCAACCAGGGCUGAAGCAUCUGCUUCUAAACCGCUGGAGGUCACACAGCCAGCCAAGAAGCUUUGUGUGGCACCAGAGCAGAUGUACAGUCCCCUCUCUACACCACCUCGACUGCCCUCUUUCACCCCCCCACCACCACCACCACUUCCCACUACUUACCCC